AUGGCAACGUCGUCGUUUAGGUGGAUUCUGCAGCUUCACAGAGACGUACCAAAAGCAGCUCGAUUCUAUGCGCAAGGUCUCGACUUCUCUGUCAAUGUCGUCACCUUACGCUGGGCCGAGCUAGAUUCCGGUCCUCUCAAGCUAGCUCUUAUGCAAUCUCCCAGUGAUCAUGUUGCUGAGAAGGGAAACUCAUCGUUUCUAUCGUUCACGGUGACAGACAUUAAUAAAACAGUGACCAAACUUAUGGCAUUAGGAGCAGAAUUAGAUGGCACUAUCAAGUAUGAGAUACACGGAAAGGUUGCAUCCCUGAGAUGCCCUGAUGGUCACAUGUUAGGCCUUUAUGAGCCUGCCUAA